UCCUGGUUGCUUCAGAGCCUUCCUGAUGUAUAUAUGCAGGUAGUGAGAUUUGAAACGGCCCUUUGAAACAGUAAUAUAAUCAAACUCUGAUUUGGGGAGCAGCAGUUCUCCUCCUUUUUCUACUCUCUUGUGGGAAUGAGUUGCCAACCUUUUACUUCGGCUGAUACCUUUAUACCUCUGAAUUCCGAGUCUUCUGCAACUCUGCCUCUGAUAAUGCAUCACAGCGCUGCCGAGUGCCUCCCGGUCUCCAACCACGCCACCAAUGUGAUGUCUACAGCAACAGGACUUCAUUAUUCUGUCCCUUCCUGUCAUUAUGGAAACCAGCCAUCGACCUAUGGAGUGAUGGCAGGUAGCUUAACCCCUUGUCUUUACAAGUUUCCUGACCACACCUUGAGUCAUGGCUUUCCUCCCAUGCACCAGCCUCUUGUGGCAGAAGACCACACCGUCACUGAUUUCAAGCAGGAACUCAGGCGGAAAAGUAAACUGAUUGAAGAGCCGAUAGACAUGGAUUCUCCGGAAAUCCGAGAACUUGAGAAGUUUGCCAAUGAAUUUAAAGUGAGAAGAAUUAAGUUAGGAUACACCCAAACCAAUGUUGGGGAAGCCCUGGCAGCUGUGCAUGGCUCAGAAUUCAGUCAAACGACUAUCUGCCGAUUUGAAAACCUGCAGCUCAGCUUUAAAAAUGCAUGCAAACUAAAAGCAAUAUUAUCAAAAUGGCUGGAGGAAGCAGAGCAAGUCGGAGCUUUAUACAAUGAAAAAGUGGGAGCAAAUGAAAGGAAAAGGAAGCGAAGAACAACUAUAAGUAUCGCUGCUAAAGAUGCUCUGGAGAGACACUUUGGAGAACAGAAUAAACCUUCCUCUCAAGAGAUCAUGCGAAUGGCUGAAGAACUGAAUCUUGAGAAAGAAGUAGUAAGAGUUUGGUUUUGCAAUAGAAGGCAGAGAGAAAAAAGGGUGAAAACAAGUCUGAAUCAGAGUUUAUUUACUAUUUCUAAGGAGCACCUUGAAUGCAGAUAAAAUUUACUAUUGUGUAACAUCCAAUUUUUCUGUUUUUCUUUCCUUUCUCUUCCCCAACAAAAAUAGAAAUUAGUUAUUUGGUUGGCUUCAAAUAUUUUAUAUCAACAACUUUUGCAGACACUUUUCUACUUUAAAAAAUUAAUACAAUUUAAAUAUUGGUGACUUAUUUUCUUUAAAAUAUUCUCAGAAGCCAAACUGUACAUCUUUAAGCCAAAGAUACCAAUAGGAAUAAAACAAUAAUUCUUUCAAAGUCUUUCUCACUCCCUCUUUAUCUACACACGCACACAAGGAGUGUGCACAUGGGUCUUUCAAGAUUCCUUUUCCCAAGGCUGUUUAUUAGCUUUUUAAUAUUUCAGUCAUAUUGCUAAAUAAAGAAUA